AUGGCCAGAGUUCCAGCAGCCACACUGAGCCCCGAGGACGAAGUGUCUCUUGGGCACUGCCUGCCACACGCUCGCAAAGCUGAAGAAAUCAAGGACUUUCUGCUCACGGCCGGGCGAAAGGACACCAAGUCCGUCAAGAUCAAGAAAAAUAAGGAUAAUGUGAAGUUUAAAGCCCGAUGCAGCAGAUACCUUUACACUUUGGUCAUCACAGACAAAGAGAAGGCAGAGAAACUGAAGCAGUCCCUGCCCCCAGGUAUGGCAGUAAAGGAGCUGAAAUGAACCUGGCACACUGAU